AUGAAGCGUAGAACCUACAUUCCCCUGGGGAGGUUGAUCUCCGACGUUCUGAUAGAAAAUGGGUUGGUGGAUCAUGUGAUAUCCCACAAUCUGAUGGAGGAUGUGACUGUGGACACUGGGAUGCCUCUGAACUUAAGGAAUCUGAAGAGCAUGAGAAUCAUAGAGAAAGUUAUAGUCAAGCCUUCUCUGGAUACCUCUUGGGAAGAUCUAAAGGAUCAGAGUAAGAUACCCAAUGAUCUUUAUCUGUUCUCUAAGAUAGACCGCCCAGAGCUUAUCGACCACUAUCUACAAGAUCUGGCUAAUCAAGGGGUAUACAUCUCAGACUUUUUGGUGGAUUGGCUUCCUGAACAUCCACCCAACUUUAAGAAGAGGCAAAGAGAACCCUCUGAGAAGACGAAGAAAGCUAAGAAAACAAAGUUGGGAGAAGCUUUUGUGUCCAGACCACCUGUGCAUCUGGUCUCCUCUCCAAGUAAGUCUCCACCACCUGUAUCUUCUACUUUUCAUUUAAGGAAAUUCUCCUCUUCCUUACCUCAACCUUCCCCUAUUUACACACACUCUGAACCCACAACCUCCACCGUAACUCCUUCUGAAACUCCCACCUCUAACCCACCAUCACCUCCUCUUCAAAAAUUAAAUCUAACCACCACAACCCUACCAAUAUCUGAAGCCCAAUUAUUCAAUGAACUCAUAUCACCACGCUCUUCCACUCCCUCAUCUCCACCCUACUACAAUAUCUCUUCUAACUCUGACGAAUCUGACUUUCAAUCCCCUACUCUUGCGCAAGUCCAGGCUCGCGCCCUCUAUACUCAAAACCCAUAUGUGCCUAAAACCAUCACCCCUUCCCUAUAUAAACACCCACAAACACCACCCUUUGAACCUCACAUAGAAACUCCCUCUGAAAAUCCUAUUACCCAACAAACAGAACCUCCCACUGAAACCAUCCCCACACCACCAACACCUAUACCUACCACCUCUGAACCUGAAUCCACAUUUCUUACUCUAGAAGAGGCAAUCGUCUUAUUUGAUGAGUCUAUAAUGGAAAAGAUCAGAUCACUGUCUAAAAACUCUAGAAUCAAUGAUGAUCCUUCUGCAGUGAGGAUUCACUGGAAUAGAGUAAUAAGAUGGAUGACAUCUAAGGCUUUCAAGCUAAAAGGCCUCUCUGAACAAGUCCGAAACGACUUCAUCAGAGAAGCUGGAGAGAGGUUACAGGCCCGUUUGGACAGAGAGGCAGAGGAACAAGCUCGUAGAGAAGGUGAGGAAAAGGCUCGCUUGGAAGAAGAAGAGAAUGCAAGAGAAGCUUUCGAAAAGGCCACCGCUGAGGAUGCUGCUGAUGUUGAAGCUGAAGCCAAAGCCAAGGCUGACGCUGAAAAAGUAACACGCAUUGCUGCAGAAGAAGCUGCCAAGGCUAGAGACAGUGCUUUGACUCAGGGGGAGUCAUCUGACUCUGACUUCGCUCCACUUGUGUUGAAGACUCUGGAAGAACUGCAAAAAGAGCAACAAAUUAUGAGAGCAAGACUGGAUCAAUAG